UAUAUAUAUUCAGACGGUUAUUGCAUGUUAUCCUAACUUCCAAAUCUUUUCCAGUCGCGAAACGCAAGAAGACGAGCUCCCAAACUGCCUCUGCCAGCCCGGUGCUCCUUCUGAACGAGUUGGAUAUCGGCUGCGUAGUUGACGUGCCCCAAUGCGAUCAACCAAGCGACGUUGUUUCCCAGGAGCCCACCCAGCUGACCUUCGGUGCACCGGCUUCGCCUCGCACGGAAACGGAAGGUGCCGACCACUCGUACUCCAUGGGGCCUCCAGACGCAUCUGCUGCCACGCUAAGAAAAGUCAACUACCUUCUCGAAGUCUGUGGAAAACUCGAGCAUGAAAAUAGCUUGCUCCGCAAAGACAAAGCUGUGCUCCAGAAAGAGGUUGAGGAUCUGAAGGCUCAGUUGCACGAUGUGAAAGUUGAGGCGCUCAAAGAGAAACUGAAACUAAAAGAUCCUGUCUCCAAAGUUCACGAUUUUGUUUCAGAUGAGAAACGACUCGUGUUUUAUACGGGGUUUAACUCCUUCAAAAGAUUUGAUGCGUUUGUGGAACAUGUUGAAGGCAUGUACGAGGCACUGAAAACGGGUGCUGGCAGGCCACCAGCACUGACAAUGAAAGAACAGCUCAUUGCAGUGCUUUGCAGGCUCAGGGUUGGGUUACUGGAACAGGAUUUGGCAUAUCGCCUGAAAGUACACAGUGGCCUGUAUGAGUUGCUCGAGGAAGGGGACAGUGUAAUGGCGGAUAGAGGAUUCCUCAUUGAAGAUGACCUCCGUCAGCUUGGAGUUGAAUUAAACAUGCCACCUAUGUUGAAUGGCCGCUCGCAGUUGUCACUGGCAGAGGAGUUAGCAACACGGCAGAUAGCCAGUUUGCGAAUCCAUGUUGAGCGUGUCAUCAGGGAAGUUAAAAACUUUAGAAUACUCCGUGCUGUUUUUCCUAAUGUUAUGGCAGAGAAGCUGGACAAGAUAUGGAAAAUUUGUUGCUAUCUCAAUAAUUUCAUGCAUGAGCCCAUUCUAAACCGAUGAGCGAUGGUGGUGUUUUUAAUGUCUUGUACGUUGUGCAUAAUCUACUGUAAUGCAGGGGUGCUCAAACUUUUUAGCCUUUUCAGUUGAAGAAAGACCAACCUUAUUUGGCUAAAAUGGAGUCGGCUCCUAACAUGUUUCAUUUCUGUUUUGGCCAG